AUGGUACUCAUACUUGGAAAAGUCUACGAGAAUAAUAGUGAAUUUAUAUGGAAAAUUCAAGGUAGAAUACCUAUUCCCAGUAGUGCUAAUUUAACUGAUUAUUCAUCGAUUUCUUUCCAUACUCGUGGCCAUUUACCGUUAUAUGUUGCAAUUACAAGUCAAGAAAAUAGUCGUUUAUGGAUUGGAAUAAUGGAUACCGAAUUAAAGUUAACAUCGGGCAAAAUGAAUUCAUUUCCUCAAAGUGAUUAUCAAUGUUCAAUUAAAUAUUGUAACGUAGAAGGUAUCGCAUGGAAAAGUAAACAGCAAUUGUACGCUGUCUCAGAUAAAAUGAAAAGUAAUGGGCUGCAAUCGUCACUUUGUUGGGAGAAAGAUCAAAAUAUACAUUUAUUUCAAUUGCCAAAAUGA